AUGGUUUUCGAAUUCGAAAAUACUCCCCCUUAUCAAUUCUAUGAAAUUGAAAAAUUAAAACUUCUUGGCUCGCCUGAAUUAUAUAGCAAUAUCGAAGAAACCAUCGAAAAUCCUAAAAGAUUCAAGACUUUCAUAGUUUCAAGUUUGGCUAAAGAAGCAGAUGUAGAAAAACCCUACAUACACCAUGAUUAUAUCCACCUGUUCAAGCCAACCAUU